CCUCCUUCAUCCUCUCUCUCUCACUCUCACUCCCUAACCUUCAAAUCCGGUGAGUUGAUCUCUCCUUUCACUCCAUCCAUAUUCAUAACAAUGCUCCUGUUGUGCGUCCUCACAAACGUUUGCACUCAAGUUUUCCAGCGAAAAAAAAUCUCAGAAGUUUUUUUCUAGAACUGUAACUUGGUUUCUCCCCGAUUUUCCAUGGAGCUGCGGGUGUUUCAGGUUCCAUACACUGCUCUGAUGCUCUCUAUGCUGGGCGGUUCGCUAGCUCAGCUCCGUUACAGCGUUCCCGAGGAGAUGGAGCACGGCGCCUUCGUGGGAAACCUGGCUGAGGACCUCGGGCUCCGUCCCAGCGAGCUUUCCGAGCGCAAGUUUCGGCUUGUCUCGGGCACCAGGAGGCGCUACUUGGAGGUAAACAUGGAAAACGGGGUGCUAUUCGUGAACGAACGCGUCGAUCGCGAACAACUUUGUGAACAGAGCCCCUUGUGCUUCCUUCACCUGCAAGCCGUCUUAGAAAACCCACUCGAGCUACACCGCGUGGAGUUGGAAGUGCUGGAUGUAAACGACAACGCACCGAGCUUUCCGCGCGCCGGUUUUAGCCUGGACAUCUCCGAGUCGGCGACGCCCGGCUCGCGCUUUCCACUCGAAAGCGCUCAGGACGCGGACGUGGGCGAGAACGCCCUGCGCUCGUACCUGCUCAGCGUGAACGCGCACUUCGCACUAGACGUGCGCGCAAGCAAGUUUGCUGAGCUCGUGCUACAAAGGCCGUUAGACAGGGAGCAGCAGGGUGCGCACCACAUGGUGAUCACUGCCGUGGACGGGGGCUCUCCAGAGCGCUCUGGAAGCGCGCACCUCAACGUGACGGUGGUGGAUGCCAAUGACAACGCGCCCGCGUUCGAGCGCGAGACGUACCGCGCGAAGGUGAUGGAGAACGCACACAGGGGUACCGUGGUCAUCCGACUCAACGCCACGGAUCCUGAUGAGGGCCUAAACGGCGAGGUCAUGUACUCCUUCAGUGGGCACGCACCCGCCAAGGUGCGCGAGCUUUUUUCUGUGGACCCAAGGACUGGAGAAGUUAGAGUGAGAGGGCUCGUGGACUAUGAAAAGGCUACUAUGCACGAGAUCUACGUCCAAGCAAAAGACAAAGGGCCCAAUGCAAUAGCUGUCCACUGUAAGGUGCUGGUAACUGUUGUGGACGUCAAUGACAAUCGCCCUGAAGUCAUACUUACCUCCACGUCCGCUCCAGUCCAGGAGGAUGCACUGCCUGGUACAGUAAUCGCAGUCAUCAGCGUGAUGGACCAGGAUUCAGGAGAAAACGGGCAUGUAGACUGCGAGAUUCCCCAUCAUGUACCAUUUCAAUUGCAUUCCUCUUUUAAGAACUAUUACACUUUAGUUACCUCGGACUUUUUGGACAGAGAGAAAGUUCCGGAAUACAACAUUACCCUCACUGCCAGAGAUAUGGGCUCUCCACCACUCUUUACCAGGAAGACCAUUGUGGUCCAGGUGGCCGAUGUGAACGACAAUGCACCUGUUUUUAAGCAACCCUCUUACAAUGUUUACUUGACGGAGAACAACCCUCCAGGUUUUUCAGUAUUCACCAUCUCAGCCCAGGAUGCAGAUGCAGGACAAAACUCGUACCUUUCCUAUUCAGUUCUGGAAACUGACAUUAAAGGGGCGCCAGCGUCCACAUAUGUGUCCAUCAACUCAGACAACGGCAACAUCUAUGCAUUGCGUUCUUUCGACCGAGAACAGCUUAAGAGUUUUCAGCUAGUGAUCCAAGCCAAGGAUGCUGGACUUCCUCCACAGGUCAGCAACAUGACAUUGAAUGUCUUUGUACUUGACCAGAACGACAAUGCCCCAGUGAUAGUAUCCCCUCUACCGGAAAAUGGCACGGCAGCCAACGAAAUCAUUCCCACAUCAGCGGAUGCAGGACACCUUGUGGCUAAAGUCACAGCCACGGAUGUGGAUGAGGGUCAGAAUGCAAAGCUUUUGUAUCAAAUGCUCCAAGCCACAGACCCCACCCUGGUCAGCAUCGCCCUCUUCACGGGGGAGGUCAGGAUGAUCCGCAGCCUAAGGGACGGAGACCCUACCACGCACAGACUGCUCAUUUUGGUCAAGGACAGCGGUGAGCCGUCGCUCUCGGCCACAGCAUCCAUCAUUCUGUCUGUUGUUGACAGCGAGCCUGAAUUCAGUGACCUCCCGAAGCGCCCCGGGGACCAUGCGCUCUAUCUAAUAGUGUCCUUAGGUGCAGUUUCCUUCACGUUUCUGGUGGCUAUCAUCGUCCUGGCUGCAAUUAAGGGAUACAGGCGCAGGCUUUCCAAAUAUGACAACUCCUGUUGUGGCUUCAGCCCCAAGGCCUCCACUACCGAGGACAUGAAAUCUAAUUUAAAUGUGCGCAUAUCUCCAGUUCCCAAUGGAGCUGCAGAUACUAUGGAUGUAAACAGCGGUGCCCAACUGGGUCAAAACUACUGCUACAAAAUGUGCUUGACUCCAGAGUCAUCUAAAAGUGACUUUAUGUUUCUGAAGCCCUACAGCCCGACAGGGUCAGCUCUCCACAUUAAUAAUAGCAGGACAGUAGAAAACAACACGUCGACCUGGAGUCCAGAGAUCCAAAGGCUUAAUGCAAACUACACUAAUGCUUCCCUAAGAGAGUUUAAACAAGCUAAUAAAGACUGGACGCUGUUAAAAAACCAACAGAAUUUUGCCCACAAAAGUUCUGCAACAGUAGUGAAGACCCUACAGCGCAGAGUCAUUCUGGACCACUCGGAUAUGUGCGCCUGCCCUGGAGCAACACAAUACUGGACCUGGGGCAGCCAUAUGUGGGCAGAUUACAAGACAUCAUCUGAGGUUGGUGGUCUUACAGAUCGCUGCUGGACCCCUCGGUUUGACUAUCAGCAUAACGUUUACAUCCCUGGGACGCCGAGCUCAUUUAGACCUGCCAGCCACGGAGAUUUAGAUAUCUACAACUCAUUUUCUACGUUUGGAAAGAAGAAGAAACUAACGGCAAACCACGACCAGCACGAGGAUACCAUUAUAACCAACGACCUUUUCAAAUGAGUUUCAGGAAAACUGAUUUUAUGUUGUUUUGUUUGAUUUGUAUAAUUUAUUGGACUCUUGAUGAUUAGAGGAAUCCUGAUUAUUCGUUUCCUAAAUAAAGAGUUUUAUUAAGUA